AUGUCGGGGCCCAUCGAGCUCGAGUCGGGCAGCAGACCUCCUGUUGAUACUGAAGUAGCCCCCACCCCCUCUGGCUCCCUAGAGUACCUCCCACCCUCUCUGGCUCCCGAGAGUACCCCCCACCCUCUCUGGCUCCCGAGAAGUACCCCCCACCCCCUCUGGCUCCCGAGAGUACCCCCCACCCUCUCUGGCUCCCGAGAGUACCCCCCCACCCCCAUCUGGCUCCCUAGAGUACCCCCCACCCUCUCUGGCUCCCUAGAGUACCCCCACCCCCUCUGGCUCCCUAGAAGUACCCCCUCUGACUCCCGAGAGUACCCCCCCACCCCCUCUGGCUCCCUAGAGUACCCCCCCACCCCCUCUGGCUCCCUAGAAGUACCCCCCACACUCUCUGGCUCCCUAGAGUACCCCCCACCCCCUCUGGCUCCCGAGAGUACCCCCCACCCUCUCUGGCUCCCGAGAGUACCCCCCACCCCCAUCUGGCUCCCUAGAGUACCCCCCACCCUCUCUGGCUCCCUAGAGUACCCCCCACCCCCAUCUGGCUCCCUAGAAGUAGCCCCACCCCCUCUGGCUCCCGAGAGUACCCCCCACCCUCUCUGGCUCCCUAGAAGUAGCCCCACCCCCUCUGGCUCCCGAGAGUACACCCCACCCCCAUCUGGCUCCCUAGAAGUACCCCCUACCCCCUUUGGCUCCCUAGAGUACCCCCCACCCACAUCUGGCUCCCUAGAGUACCCCCCCCACCCCCUCUGGCUCCCUAGAGUACCCCCCACCCCCUUUGGCUCCCUAGAAGUACCCCCCACCCCCUCUGGCUCCCUAGAGUACCCCCCACCCCCCUGGCUCCCUAGAGUACCCCCCACCCCCUCUGGCUCCCUAGAAGUACCCCCCACCCCCUCUGGCUCCCUAGAGUACCCCCCACCCCCCUGGCUCCCUAGAGUACCCCCCACCCCCUCUGGCUCCCUAGAGUACCCCCCACCCCCUCUGGCUCCCUAG